CGACUAUACGCUCCUUCAUGAGGUCAAAUAUGAAAACUCAGAAUUGUGACUUAUUAGUUUAUUAGAUGAUUUUCAUCUUUUUUUUUCUUCCCCUCCCCCCCUUGGUUAAUUUCUUUGUGGAAUGGUCCGCGCUGUCUCCCCGGGUCGUGUCCACUUCAGCAUGGGAACUGCGGCGUCCAGAAGGAAGAAUCUGAGGAGUGAUGCGAUAUCUUCCGUGGCCGCAAAAGUUCGGGCAGCCAGAGCAUUUGGAGAAUACUUGUCCAAUACAAAUUCAGAGAACCGCAACAGAGCAGGUCAUCUUUUGUCUGACACCUUCCCCGGCCAAGGUUUUGACUCUCCAGACGUCAGUAACAAUCUUCCACCACAGAGCCACUCUUUGCCCAUAGCUAAGUCAAGCAAGGCUGGGGAGUCCAAUCAUAGUGCUCAGAUACAAGCCCAACCUCAGGCUAACCCACUCAAAGCUCAGGCACCUUCUAAACGUAGACUCUCUGCUGAGCGGAGCCUCUCCACAGAGAACCCACCAAGUGCCAGAGACCCAGAGGGGAGUGUGUCAGCAAAGCCAGAUAGGGUAUACACAAUCACAAAAGAGGUAAGAAUGACUCUGGGCCGCAGCAGUGAGGAAAGCCUGGAGCUGGAGGUCCUGAAGAGCGGCAGCGAUGACCCACUUUCCCAAGGGCAAUACCACAACUCUUCCUGCACCGACCAACGAGCAUCUGCUUACCAUAGUAGCGAUCACCGCCCUAACCAUUACCAUGCCCACCAGAAUCGGGGAGGCCCUUUGUCAUCAUCGCAGUCACUGCAGAGCUCUGAUAGUGCCAGUAGUAUCCGAGACUGGGGCAUGAAGAAAGGGGGUUCAAGAGAUGACAACACUCCAGACUGUGUGGCAAGCAUUCGUGCUCCGUGUCAAAGCCAGCGCUCCCUGGACCUGGAUACCUCACCACGGGAUGGGGGGAAGCAGUUUAAGAAACUGGAGAGGAUGUACAGUGAGGAUAGAACAUCUACUGAUGACAGGGAAGACAAUUCUGAUAGCUGGUUCCCCAAAGAGAAUAUGUUCAGCUUUCAGACAGCAACUACGACCAUGCGGGCAAUAUCGGUUUUCCGGGGCAUUGCUGAGAAAAAGAGACGGAAAAGAGAACAGGAUGCAGCCACCGUGAUCGAGAGAAACUUCCGCAAACACCUUAGGAUGGUGGGCAGCCGAAGGAUGAAGGUCCAGACCUUUUCUGAACGCAGAGCCAAGAGUUUCAGCCGGUCGUGGAGUGACCCCACCCCUGUUAAGCCUGACUCACUGCAUGACUCCAGAGACAGUGGUGAUGUCCAGACCUCGUCAGGUACCCUCAAUGAAGGGUUGGAUGAGGAUGCGGAGUGGGGGGAUGAAAGAGAGAUGGAGAGAGCAGCCUGUGAAGGAGAUGACUUCAUCCCACCUAAAAUCAUUCUUAUAUCCUCCAAGGUUCCAAAGGCUGAAUAUGUUCCUAACAUCAUUCGUAGGGAUGACCCUUCCAUCAUUCCUAUUCUUUAUGACCACGAACAUGCUACAUUUGACGACAUCCUUGAGGAGAUCAAGAAGAAGCUGACUGCCUACAGAAAAGGCUGCAAAAUUUGGAACAUGGUUAUCUUCUGCCAAGGAGGACCAGGUCACCUGUAUCUAUUGAAGAAUAAAGUGGCCACCUUUGCCAAAGUGGAAAAAGAGGAAGAUAUGGUCCAGUUCUGGCGGCGGCUGGGCAAGCUGAUGAGUAAGCUAAACCCUGAGCCCAACCUCAUCCACAUCAUGGGCUGCUAUGUGCUGGGGAGUGCAAAUGGAGAGAAGCUGAUUCAGACUUUGAAGAGGCUGAUGAGACCCACUUCUGUGGAAUUCAAGUCCCCACUAGAGUUAUCUGCACAGGGUAAAGAGAUGAUUGAGAUGUACUUUAACUUCCGCUUGUUCCGUCUGUGGAAAAGCCGCCAGCACUCGAAAAUGCUGGACUACGACGACCUGCUGUGAUGACAAAGCCCCAUUGUCUGGCCUGUUGGCUAGUUAUCUCACACCUGAGCCUAUGUGCUUCUGGCAGAUGCUGUGGAAAGGCAGCUCGCAGGUAGAGCCCGGGCAGCGAGCAGCACCAGCUCAGCUGGGACUUAUUGCUCUCUCCUAAAGUGACGGAGUGGCCGAGUAGAUUCAGCUAUAGUGGUGUACCGUCUCUCCUCUAGCCACUUUCCCUUCUUGCUAAUCUCUCAGAGAAACUCGAACGAGAGAGACAAGAAAAGGGGAGAGAAGGAAAGAACUCUGCAUCCUUAGCCUAAAUGUGUCAGAACAUGCUAAAACCAGUUUGAUUUUCUGAGUGUGCAGAGAAUGCUAGAUUAAACAGUUGUUUACAGAAGUAAACACAGCUCCUUCUUCCUGACGGUGAUUGUAUUUUUUCC